GAAUGGAAGAAAAACAGAAAAAACAACAGAAGCUUCGGAAUGCUCCACAGAUGCCUUUCAUUAAAGUCCCUCUCUCGGUUUCUAACACUUCAUUACUAAAGGGUCUAAAUCAAGGGCAGAGGCGCUACUUAUACAGCAUUGUGAAGAUUUACAACUCCAGGUCCCAGUGGGAGAACCUGCAGGCCCGCUAUAUUCACAGCCUUCAGCACCAGCAGCAGCUGGGUUAUAUUACUCAGCGGGAAGCCUUGGCUUGUGCUACUGUGCUUAUAGAUUCCACUGAGAGAGCCUCAGCCAAGGUAGCUCCUCACAGAAUAUUCCCCCGAAAGACUUCAGCCAUGACAAGAAUCUGGUCAUCAACACUUCCUGCAUGUGUGGUUAGAAACAGGGCUCAAAGUGCAGCUCUCUGAUUCCUCUGAAAUUUGCAUAAUCACUAAGCAGACUAGUUUGCUUAUA